AUGUCUACGACACUGAGACCCUCGAAUACUCUUUGCCCAUCCCGUCCCAAGCCCUCAUUGCAAAUUGAGCUAACACCUACUGAGGACAAACUCUUCACACUACUUGACGAUUGCACAAAGUAUUUGCGCGAGAAAUACACAGAUUUGGUCCCAGUUGAAUGUCGAAUUGCUGGGGGAUGGGUGAGGGACAAACUGCUCGGACUCGAGUCAAAUGACAUUGACGUCGCAUUAUCCACUAUGAUGGGCGUACCCUUCGCUGAGCACCUUGUGUCGUUCUUGGCUUCUCGUGGCAUUGCUAUUAAGGAUGUGGCAAAAGUGGCCAUGAACCCUGAUCAGUCCAAGCAUCUUGAGACAGCAAUGGUUAAUGUCCUUGGACUUGACAUAGACUUUGUUAACAUGAGAAGCGAGGUUUAUGCGGAAAACAGUAGGAUUCCUGCGGAAGUCAGUUUUGGCACUCCCCUUCAAGACGCUAUGCGGCGUGACAUAACGAUCAAUGCGCUAUUCUAUAAUGUCCACACCCGCUCAGUCGAGGAUUAUACGGGAAGGUGGGCGAACAUGGCAGUCCAGGGAUUGGAAGACUUGAAGGCAGGCAUCAUUCGCACACCGCUAGCUCCUCGAGAGACCUUCAUGGAUGACCCACUGCGAAUCCUUCGAUGCAUAAGAUUCGCAAGCCGAUUCGAAUAUAGCCUAGACAACGAGGCGAAAACUGCCAUGGUGCAACACGAUAUUCAGGAGGCUUUGGCUGCAAAAAUUAGUCGAGAGCGAGUUGGGAUUGAAGUCGAUAAAAUGCUGAAAGGUUGUGUAUCCGCUUUUGACGCCAGCCGCUGCAGGAGAUUGACCCGGGUCUACUCAGGAAAGAAUCCACUCCUACCGCUUCAAAUGAUAGAUUCGCUCGGCCUUCAUGAGCAAACAUUCUGGCUACCCCCUGAGAUCUCAUCCUCUCUCUCGGCUGCCCCGAGGACGCGGUCACUCGGACUAGCGUCGGCCGCAAUAUUACACACUAUCUUCAGGCAAUUUGAUGAUCCCAGUGCCCCUCACCCUCUGCCGAGCAUACAUAAGGACAUCAUUGAGUUCUCGGCCAAUGACAAGAAUAUCAGAAGGCGCCUGUACAUGGCGGCGGCUCUAACUCCAUACAGAGGAAUCACUUUCCAGGAGAGGAAAAAGACUGUAACAGCUAUGGAAGGUAUAGCAAGAUAUGGCUUGAAGUUGGGAAACGCUAAUUAUUAUAUGGAUGGCAUCCCCGCUCUCUUUGCUGCUGCAGCUAAAUUGUCGAUACCGAUUCUCAGCAAGUUCACGCACCCUUCUGGAAGUGAGCGAGUUGCACUUGGCCUCGCGUUACGAGAUAAAAAUGUCCAUAAUGAAACCACUGGUUCCCACUGGACCACUUCCCUGCUGUUCUCUCUCGUGCAGGACUUAGUGGAAACGAUAAACCCGGUCGAUGGAAAGUUUUUAGCAGAAAACAUUGACUUGCUAUCUGUAAUCGAAACUUAUAACAUGUUCAUCUCCAAAGUGCUCGAACUGGGUCUUCCAUCUUCUGUUCACAAUAAACCUAUCUUAGACGGGCGUGAAGUAUGUGCCGCACUCGGGUUAAAACCAGGUCCACACACCGGCCACAUCUUGAACAGCGUUACUGAAUGGCAAUUGGAACAUCCAGACAGGGAUAAGGCCGCUUGCGAGCAGUGGUUACGGGAUGAGCACGGAGCAGGACGUCUGAUGCCAGCUCCAUCACCAGAUGGAAAAAGAGUGAAAGGAGAGGACGAAUCGAGAAAGGUCAAAAAACCAAAAACAAAAGGCUGA